AUGAACUACGGAGACCACUACACUAUGUCAUCCUACCGGAGGAACUUCGGGGAAACUCCUCGUUCUUCGGUCUCUUUCUCCCGCAUGAGUGGCACCUCGUCUCGAGAUUCACCCAUCAGGUCCCUCAUGGGUUCAUCACGCAACAGUGCCUCCAUUGUGGGCUACAGCAAGAGGACCAGCCACUCUUCCACCACUUUUUGUCCGAUACCGGUUGACAGCCUGGAUCUCACCAAGACCUCCAUGGUUAACCACAAGUUAAAAGUUAUGCGGACCAGCGAGAAAGAGCAAAUGCAGGGUCUGAACGACCGCUUCGCCAUGUUCAUAGAUAAGGUUCGGCACCUGGAGCAGGAGAAUAAAGUACUGGAGACAGAACUGGCGACGCUGCGCCACAAACGGAAGGAGUCCUCCCACGUCGGGGAGCUCUACCAGGAGGAGAUGCGCGACCUCCGUGCGCAGCUGGAGAAGCUGAGCAGGGAGAAGAACCGGGUCCUGGUAGAAAGGGACAACAUGGAGGAAGACCUGCAGAAGCUACGGGGUAAAUACGAAGAGGAGGUCAGGGCACGUCAGGAGUCCGAGCAAACUCUCAAGUUGUUCAAGAAGGAUGUGGACGACGCCACGGUGGCGCGUCUAGAACUGGAGCGCAAGGUGGAAUCUCUGCUGGAUGAAAUCUCCUUCCUGAACAAAGUGCACGAGGAGGAAAUGAGUGAGCUGGGCGGAAUGGUGCAGGCGUCCCAGGUGUCUGUGGAAGUUGAGCUUUCCAAACCGGACCUCACCUCCGCGCUAAAGGAGAUCCGCAACCAGUACGAGUCCAUCGCCUCUAAAAACCUACAGUCCGCGGAGGAAUGGUACAAAACCAAGUUCGCAAGCCUCAAUGAGCAAGCCAGCAGAAACAACGAGGCGAUGCGCGCCAGCAGGGAAGAGAUCAACGACUUCAGGAGGCAGCUGCAGUCAAAGACCAUUGAGAUAGAGACCCUGAGGGGCACCAACGAGUCUUUGGACCGGCAAAUCCGAGAAAUGGAGGAUGCCCACAGUGCCGAAACUGCAGCAAUGCAAGACACCAUCACCCACCUGGACCAUGAGCUGAGGAACAUCAAGGCUGAGAUGGCCCAGCACCUGAGGGACUACCAGGACUUGCUCAAUGUAAAGAUGGCCCUGGACAUAGAGAUCGCUGCUUACAGAGAACUGUUGGAAGGAGAGGAGACUCACUUCAGCUCGGGCAUGGGAGUCGGCGCUGCUAACCACAGGGGGCGCUGCAGCCUGCAGCGCCGGCCCCCGCCAGCCUUCGCCAGCAGCAGCGUGCAGGCUGCAGGAGCCCCCGAGAAGGAGAGCUUCCAGGAGGUCACCGAGGAAGAAGUGGAUAGGAACCAUGAUGCAGAUAUCAACUCCAACAGCUAG